CUCUAUCAAAUUCCCGAGCGAGCGAAGGCAUCAGCUCUGCAAGAAGGAUCUGCUCCUUUUAUUCCUCCCUCUCUCUCUCAGUCCCCCCCUCUCUUCUCUCUUCCACUGGCUGCUCAGCCCAGGCUCCGCACUCACAAACUUCUAUGGAGUUGAAGUGAGAGCACCCAAGGAGCUGUUGGCAUGGGGGCUCUCCCGGACUGGGGGCUCUUGCCGCUUUUUGCCAUUGCCACCUUGAUUUCGGACGGCCGAGGCGAGCUGACCUGCGCCUCCUGCCAACCUCACAUCAGGCUGCAGGGACACAUGGUGGUGAGGAUGCAGGAAGAAGAAGCUUUUGGAUAUUGGGGGAACACUGGGCACCGGACAGGCGAUGUCCAAAUGGGAGAUGCCAAGCGGCCAGGUGGUGACCAAGAUCCCGGAGCCUGGAGCACACAACACAUGGACGUAAAAGUGGAAACCGGGGAUGAGAACGAAAGGGGUACCGGUGGUCCACUGAGAGAUGCCAACCGGCAAAGUGGUGCUCAAGAUCCCAGAGCACGGAGCACACAACGCAUGGAUGUAAGACUGGAAACUGCGGAUGGGCAAGAAGGGGGCACCAGUGGUCAAAUGGAAUAUGCCAACCAGCCAGGUGGUGAUCACGAUGCUGGAGUCUGGAGAAGGCAACACAUGGACGUAAGACUGGGAACCAGGGAUGGGUACAAGGGGGGAACCGGUGGUCAAAUGGGAGAUGCCAACCGGCCAGGCAGCAAUCAAGAGCCCAAAGCUUGGGGCAAACCACACAAGGACACUUCUUCUAGCACAGACUGGGCUAUGAGACUGGAAACCAGGGAUGGGUAUGAAAGGGGCACCAGGAGCAACUGGGACAUGCGCAAGUAUGGGACUCAGUUUGGAAGUGGCAACAGAAACAGGCACUGGGGCGUCAAGACCGGUCUGUUCAAGGGGGACAGUUUGAAUGGGUUCGGGGUGCCCCCCUUGCUCUCUGCCCUGGACGUCCGGGCCGUGCCUGGCAGGGCAGAGAGACGGGCCAGAGAAGCCGAGGGCCACCGGGUGACCAGGGCGCAGUCCGGCGACUCGGACAGGGUGAGCCGCUUUCGCGUGGAAGAGUUAAAGUUGAGCAGCACCACCUUCGCCCUGACUGGAGAUUCAGCUCACAAUCAAGCCAUGGUUCACUGGUCUGGGCACAACAGCAGCGUGAUACUAAUCCUGACAAAGCUCUACGAUUACAACUUGGGCAGCAUCACGGAGAGCUCGCUGUGGAGAUCUACAGACUACGGGACAACAUACGAGAAGCUGAAUGAUAAAGUCGGAUUAAAGACCAUCUUGAGCUAUCUUUAUGUCUGCCCUACAAACAAGCGCAAGAUCAUGCUGCUGACCGACCCAGAGAUUGAAAGCAGUCUGCUAAUUAGUUCUGAUGAAGGGGCCACCUACCAAAAGUACAGACUCAAUUUUUAUAUACAGAGCCUUUUAUUUCAUCCCAAGCAAGAAGACUGGAUCCUGGCCUACAGCCAAGACCAAAAGUUGUUCAGUUCAUCAGAGUUUGGCAGACGGUGGCUGCUUCUGAGCGAGUCUGUGGCACCAAAUCGAUUUUACUGGACAGUGACUGUUUCGAACAGAGACGCUGAGCUGGUCCACCUGGAGACCAAAACUGCUGAAGGACAUGCACAGUACAUUGUCUGUAAGAUGAACAAUUGUUCAGAGAAUGUGAGGACAAAACCCUUUCCGGGAUACAUCGACACCAACUCCCUCAUAGUCCAAGAUGAAUAUGUCUUUGUUCAGCUGACCUCUGGGGGGCGCCCACAUUACUACGUGUCCUACAGAAGGGAACCAUUUUCACAGAUGAAACUGCCCAAGUAUGCUCUACCCAAGGACAUGCAUGUCAUCAGCACGGAUGAGAACCAAGUUUUUGUUGCCAUCCAGGAGUGGAAUCAGAAUGAGACCUAUAACCUGUACAUCUCCGACACCAGGGGCAUCUUCUUCUCACUGGCGCUAGAAAACGUGAAGAGCAUUAAAAGCCCAGAGGGGAACGUCAUGAUCGACCUCUACGAGGUAGCAGGGAUAAAGGGGAUGUUCUUAGCGAACAAGAAGAUUGACAGCCAAGUGAAGACGUUUAUCACCUACAACAAGGGGAGAGACUGGACUCUUCUACAGGCCCCAGACUUCGAUCUACGAGGGGAUCCUGUCAACUGUGUGCUGCCAUAUUGCUCUUUACAUCUACAUCUGAAGGUAUCUGAAAAUCCGUACACAACUGGAAAUAUCGCCAGCCGGGAUACAGCGCCUGGUAUCAUCGUGGCUUCAGGGAAUAUCGGCUCGGAGCUCACAGAAAAUGAGAUCAGCAUGUUCAUUUCCUCGGACGCAGGCAAUACGUGGAGACAGAUCUUUGAAGAGGAGCACAGCGUCUUGUACCUGGAUCAAGGUGGAGUCCUGGUGGCUAUGAAGCACACGUCGCUGCCAAUCCGGCAUUUAUGGUUGAGUUUUGAUGAGGGAAGAUCGUGGAGCAAAUAUACCUUCACUUCCAACCCGCUGUUUGUGGACGGUGUGUUGGGGGAACCAGGAGAAGAGACUCUGAUUAUGACAGUGUUUGGACAUUUUGGUCAUCGGUCAGAGUGGCAGCUGGUGAAAGUGGACUACAAGUCAAUCUUUGACAGACGUUGUAACCCCGAAGACUAUCUUCCUUGGCAGCUUCAUAGUCAGGGAGAAGCGUGCAUCAUGGGCGCUAAGAGGACUUACAUGAAGAGGAGAUCAGAGAGGAAGUGCAUGCAGGGGAAGUAUGCCGGGGCCAUGUCUUCUGAACCAUGUGUCUGUACUGAGGCAGACUUUGAGUGCGAUUAUGGCUAUGAGCGUCACAGCAAUGGCCAGUGUCUCCCUGCCUUCUGGUAUAACCCAUCCUCACUGUCGAAGGACUGCAGCCUUGGCCAGAGCUACUUGAACAGCACCGGUUAUAGGAAGGUCGUGUCUAACAACUGCACAGAUGGAGUUCGGGAACGGUACACGGCAAAGCCCCAGCAGUGUCCGGGGAAAGCACCCCAUGGCCUCCGUAUCACUACAGUGGAUGGAAAGUUAAUAGCAGAACAAGGACACAAUGUAACGUUUGUACUGCAGCUAGAGGAGGGAGACAUUCAGAGGACCAAUAUUCAGUUUGACUUUGGAGAUGGCAUUGCUGCUUCCUAUGCCAACCUCAGUGCAACAGAAGAUGGCAUCAAGCACAUCUAUCAAAAUGUAGGGAUCUUCAGAGUCCUGGUGCAAGUGGACAACAACCUUGGUUCGGAGAGUGGAGUUCUUUACCUUCAUGUAACAGCUCCCUUGGAGCACAUACAUCUCAUGCUGCCCUUCGUCACCACGAAGAACAAAGAGGUGAACGCAUCGGUGGUGCUGUGGCCGAGCAAUGUGGGGACCCUGACCUACGUUUGGUGGCUGGGGAACAACAGUGAGCCAAUCAUCACCCUGGACAGAAGUAUCUCCUUCACCUUCGUGGCGGAGGGCAUGAACAGCAUCACCGUCCAGGUGACCGCAGGCAACGCCAUCCUCCAGGACACCAAGACCAUCGCCGUCUAUGAACAGUUCCAGUCGCUCCGCUUGUCCUUCUCUCCGAAUCUGGACGAUUAUAACCCCGACAUCCCGGAAUGGAGACGAGACAUCGGCCGCGUCAUUAAGAGAGCCCUCAUGUAUGCCACGGGAGUCAACAGUAAGCAGAUUCUGGUUGCCAUCUUACCAGGGUUACCUACCUCAGCUGAGUUGUUUAUUCUGCCCCACCAAGACAGCCCAGGGGAAGCCAAGAAGAAAACAGAAGAUUUGACGCAGAUUGCUGAUGUGUUCAUCAACAAACUCAAUCAAGACAUGGUUCAUUUUGAGCUGAAACCCGGGGUCCGAAUCAUGGUCCAUGUAGCUCAUUUAACAGCAGCUCCUUUGGUGGACCUGACUCCAAGUCACAGCGGCUCGGCCAUGCUCAUGCUGUUGUCCGUGGUCUUUGUGGGGUUGGCAGUCUUCGUCAUCUACAAAUUCAAAAGGGCAGAACGACAAGUUCACUGUCAUGCUGGUCCCAUCAGUUGCACAUACUCAUCUUCCCUCCACUGCCCUGCGACUCCUUUUGGCUGCCGAGAGAGAAGACAGUUAAUCCUGUGUAAGCUUCAAGUCACCCCGCCCCCAUGUGACAGCACUAGGUACCUAAAGGACCAACCACCAAACACCAGCACUGUCACAUGGGAGGAAGGAAGUAUUUCCACGGUUGCUGAAACUCAGAGCACAAACGAGAAUCCAACGUAUGUAAAUGUGUGAAGGGGACCCGCCCAACGGCAAUUUUCGGACUGUGCCCAAUCUUUGAUCAAUCCCGAGGUUUUUAAGCUUUAAGCCUAAAGAAGAAUACGAAGACGAGGAAGGAGAAUUUGGACACGUCUACCUUGUUUUAAACUCACUCGUGUUUGUAAAACGACUCGAUUAAAUGACAUGUGCAUGCUUUAACCCUUUCACUGACCGAGAGGCUUCGCAACGUGUUGCUCGUCCCUGUAGUUCUGAAGGGGUUAAAUGUUUUUUUUUUUUGUUUGUUUUUAGCGUUUCCCUAGGUUAAACCUCACUGGUAGUUUAACAAGGUGUGUACAUAGAUGGGAUUCAAUGGGAACUAUCACUCUUUUUUUUUUUUCUGGAUGAUGUAUUGUAAAUUUCAUUGGCUCCAUGCAAUAAGAAUCUAUUUUACAACCCAGAUGGAAAAUGCAUUAUUCAGGCAAGCAGACCUUUAAGCGUACUAAUUGACGCAGCACCACGGUAUCUUUUGUGGCAUCCACAGAGAGCGAGAAUUCGGUGAUAUCAUUCUUAAAGCUGAACUCCGAGCCCAAAUUUUUUUUUUACAUAUGUUCCUCAAUAGCCACAAAAUAUUUAAAUCGACAUUGUUUGCACCAAAUGUCUUUUCAAACCCAGAUAUUACAAGUAGCAUUUGCAUCAUCAUUGUGCUGUACAUAGCCUGUGCAGAGAACAUAGCUGUGGGUGGGGCCUAGAAACUCCAC